UUCGUACAAGUAGUAAAACAUUAGAUAAACAAUCAGAAAACAAGUUAAAAAGCAGCUGUUUCACUUCAUGUCAUUGUUUUUCACGAGACAAAUGAGAGAAAGGAAGACUUAACUUUGCUCCAAUCUAAACGUAACAAGGAUUUUGCCUCUUCUGUUUGGCUUCUUCUUCUCUCUCUUUUCUUUGGUCGUAGCUUUCUUUGGGGUUGUUUUAAUAUCUGAGAAUACAAAGGAAAAGGAGAUGGAUAGUACCAAUGAAGCUUCUUCUUAUUCGGCUUUGUGAUUAUAUAUACACUUUAUUCUCUUCCUCUUUUUUCUUCUGGGGUUGCUCCAGCUUCUGCAAAAAUAGCAAUGGCUGAGUAUAUCUCUUUAGUCAACAAGGACACUCUAAUUAUAAAGCCUUCUAAGAAAUCUCCAUCUUUCUUGAGGUCAAUACUUUUAUUGUUUGCUAUGGUGUGUGGUGUUUAUAUCUGUAUAAUCUGUUUAAAGCAGAUAAGUACAGCCACCAAGAUCAAAUUUCAGAACAUCCAAGUCAUUGAGAGGCCUUCUUCAGAUGGUAGCAUUACUACACAAUUAGAAGCUCAAAUUCCUACCUUGCAUUAUCCUAAACCUGAAACUUUUAGCAGGGGUGAAUGCACACGAAAUCCGGUACGUUUCUUUGCCAUAUUGUCGAUGCAAAGGUCAGGAAGUGGAUGGUUUGAGAGUAUGCUAAAUAGUCAUAUUAAUAUAAGCUCAAAUGGGGAGAUAUUCUAUGUAAUGGAUAGGAGGCAGAAUAUUUCAACUAUUAUACAGACUUUGGAGAAAGUAUAUAAUUUAGACUGGUUCAAUAGUGCUUCCAAGAAUGAGUGCUCUGCUGCAGUUGGCUUCAAGUGGAUGCUGAAUCAGGGAUUGAUAGAGCACCAUAAAGAAAUAGUAGAAUACUUCAAUCAUCGGGGUGUUUCUGCCAUAUUUCUCUUCCGAAGAAAUUUGCUUCGAAGAAUGGUUUCAUUGCUUGCAAAUUCGUAUGAUCGCUAUGCUAAGCUAUUAAAUGGAACCCACAAGUCUCAUGUUCAUUCAACGGAAGAGGCUGCUGUUCUUUCAAGUUACAAGCCAGUAAUCAAUUCUACAUCAUUAAUAAGUGAUCUGAAAGAAGUGGAGAUGGCUGCUGUCCAGGCUUUAGACUACUUCAAUAGCACCCGUCACAUGGUUUUAUACUAUGAGGAUAUUGUCACAAACCAUACGAAGCUAAAAGAUGUUCAAGCGUUUCUAGGCCUCCCACAGAUGGAAUUAACUAGUCUCCAGGUCAAAAUACACAAAGGUUCAUUAUCUGAUUCUGUGGAGAACUGGGAUGAAGUGAAGAAGACACUAAAUGGGACAGAAUAUGAGAGUUUCCUGCACGCUGACUGCUAAGAAAUAAGAAUGACUCCAUUGCUAACAAAAAUAAUGGUGUGGAUACAAUCUUCGGUAAUGCUUAUAUCUGACGCUGACCGGACAUUCACCCUGUUUGAAAAUUUUGGCUGCCAUGAAGGCAUGAUUGUUCACCAUACUGGCAACACUCAGGUGAUCAAUACCGCGUUGAGCCCUGUACCAUUUCUUUUCUUUUCAAUUGAAUUUUAUUGAUCAUAUAGACAGCUUGUAUAUGUCAGCUAAUGAAUAUUUGGUUGAAUCAAUUGUUCAUCCUUAAAUAGUGGUUUUAUAUAUCCUUUCAUGUCCAUCAGGCUUUUGCAUUUUCGGAUUACUGUUUUGGUCUUGACUUCUCAGUUACUCCCUUGGUGUGCUACACACACGAAGACCAUCAAGAUUUGUGAAACUUGACUGGCGAAAAAAAAAAAUAAAACUCUUCAAUAUUUGCUUUAAAAAAUUGUUUCACACACUGAAACCAUUGCCACUAAAAAGAUUGUC